CAUGGUGUGGAAGACGUCUUCCUCCCGGUGAAGAUGGCGGCUCCCUUAACUCUCGUUUUGAUUAUAGCUGUGACUAUUAGGGCUAUACUCUUUAGAUCAAGUCUAGCGGAGCUUUUAAUCGAGAGAGUGGAAGUAGUAUCUCCAUUAAAUGCAUGGAAACGAGUUGUGGAGGGCCUGGCUCUGCUCGACCUGGGAGUGUCCCCGUAUUCUGGAGACGUCUUCCAUGAAACUCCUCUUAUUAUAUACCUUUUUCACUUUGUCAUCGAUUAUGCGGAUAUUGUGUUUAUGGUAGCAGAUGGAAUCACAGCUGUGGCGCUUUACCUGGCCGUACAGGACUACAACAAAAAUGUGUUCAGGAAGCAGAAAUACGCUCUCGAAGGUGACCGCUAUCCUGCCGACUGCCUGGAGCUUAUUAGGAGCCCGAAAGAAAUGUACUACAUUCCGCUGAAGGUGGCGCUGUUCUACCUGCUGAACCCUUUCACAAUAUUCUCAUGUGUGGCCAAGUCGACCUGUGGGCUCAACAACGCCAUCGUUGCGCUCUUUAUCCUAAGCACGAUAAAAGGAAGCGCCUUGCUGAGUGCCAUUUUCCUGGCUGUGGCCACAUACCAGUCCAUCUACCCCCUGACUCUCUUUGUCCCGGCACUGCUCUACCAGCUGCAGAGGCUCUACAUCCCCGUCAGCCUGUACCGGACGAGCUUCUGGCUGUUCACCUUGCAGUAUGCCUCCAUGUACCUGGGCAGUCUGUGCGUCAUCGUGUGCCUCUCCUUCUUCCUGCUUAACACCUGGGAUUUCAUCCCCUCUGUUUAUGGAUUCAUCCUCUCUGUCCCAGACCUCACACCCAACAUUGGCCUCUUCUGGUACUUCUUCGCCGAGAUGUUCGAGCACUUCCGCCUCUUCUUCAUCUGCGUCUUCCAGAUCAACGUGUUUUUCUACACCAUACCGCUGUCCGUCAAGCUAAAGGAGCAUCCCGUCUUUCUCAUGUUCAUGCAAAUCGCCAUCAUCUCCAUAUUCAAAUCAUACCCCACCGUAGGGGACAUCAGCCUCUACAUGGCCUUCCUGCCCGUCUGGAACCACUUGUAUCGAUUCCUAAGGAACAUCUUCCUGGUGGCCUGCGUGAUGCUUGCCUGUUCUGCUCUGUUCCCUGUCCUGUGGCACCUCUGGAUCUAUGCUGGAAGCGCCAACUCAAACUUCUACUACGCCAUCACUCUGCUCUUCAACGUAGGACAGAUCCUGCUGGUGUCAGACUACUUCUACGCCUUUCUGCGGCGGGAGCAUCACCUGACGCACGGGCUCUACCUGAAGAGGAAGGACGGCAGCGAGGCCACGCUGGUGCUGAAGUAGGCUGCAGCAACAUGGACUGUGACAAGAUCUUAGCCGGCUGGGUCCGAGUCCACCUCUGGAUUUUCCUUUGUUUUUUUUCCCCUCCUCUCUUUAAUUUUGAAUUUCAUGAUGCUCUAAGGACCUGCCCUCACACCAAAACUGCCCCCUCCAUUCUAGAUCGGACUGCAGGGAUCUCAACACCUGUAGUGUAGCUUGAUUAACAUGCUGCUGCUGCUAUCUGUCGGGAUGUUUUGUGAGGGCUGGUCUUCCCAGUCUAAGUCUGCAUUUUGUGUGUUUGAGUGUGGACUGGUUUUGUUUCCCCAUUGCAAAAAAAAAAAAAAGUGUUCUGUGGAAUGUUGCUGCAGAUCUGGCUUUACCCACUAGAUGGCAGCAGGCUAAUGUGCUGGUCGAAGGAACUAUUAUGCAAUUAUGCGUUUCCCAUCGGUGCAAUGGGACUAGCAAAGAUCCGUUUAGCCUGAAUUGUGAACCUCCAUUUCUGACCUACAGGUGGUUUCAAGCGUUGGGUAAUGAGAUCUUUGCUGCCUAUAACAUUUUUCAUUUUUUAAUUUUACUAAAUCAUUGUACACGAUUAUUAUACGUCUUCAUAGGUUGUGUGUCUGUCUGUUUGUGUGUGUGUGUGUGUGUGUGUGUGUGUGUGUGUGUGUGUAUGUAUAUAUAUAUAAUAUCCUAUUACUAAUGUGGCUGUCACUAAUCUCCUUCAAGAUGCUGUGCAGAAUGGGACUUUUUAUAAACACUUUACUGUAUGGUAUUAAAAAGGGGGGUGGUUGCUUUUCCCUGGUCUAUGUUGAGACUUGGUCUCCUGGUUCCCCCCGCCCCCCAUUUCACCCAUUUGUCCUUCCUCAGGGAGUACAACCAACGAACUGUCUGUAGUACUUCAUGGUGUUUAGCUGCCAGGGAGUCCCCCACCCACGAAGCAUGACACUACAGAUGAGCACUGUGCCCUGACACCGUCUGCUGAGACACGGACGAGUGACGAGUUCUGAGAUCGGCAACAUUCACUUAGACGUCUCUCAUUCUCAUUCAGUUUCUUUUUUUUUUUUUUUGCUAUUAAUUGGUUGGUGGCACUACGUUGACUAAAAUACUAAAAUUACUUAAGCAGCUGCCGCUGAAUGGCCUGGAUUGUUCCCCUCGUCAGUCUCCGAUGCCCCCCCCCCCCACACGCUAUGGGGGCUGUAUAAAAGAAUGUCACUCGUGAGCCUUUGUUUCGAUGUCCCGUGAUGCAUCACGGCUCGUCCAGGUCUGCGCCCAUUCGGCAGCCUGGUGAUUGAUUUCCUGCAGAUUCGCUGUCCUGUCCUGCCGCUCUACUCUUGUUUAGACCACAGCUACACAGAGACGGCUCAGGCUGCCAGAAAUAUCAGGUACCUGGUGUUGAAAAUUUACAGAGAACAAUAUAUAAAUAAAUUAUGCUUGGCAAUUGUUAUUGCUCUCUUCAGAUCACCUGCACCCAACUGUUUUGUAGAAGGAAACAUUUAGAUACCACAAGAUAUACACUGUUCACGUAGUAGUGCGUUGUGUUUUUUUUGUAUUAUUUUUAAAUGCCUGGAACAGUGAAUAUGUAUACAGGUGUGUCAUUUUAUCUUUUAAUGAAAAGCAAGUAUUGUAAAGCUGGCCUUGUGAAAUAAUAUGUAUCUGACAAGACACACCCAGUGUUGACAGCAGUUUCCCUGGAUGUAGGAUGUAGUCACAGCAAAACUAGUAUUUAUCAGAGACGCCCCCCCCCCGUUUCCACUCAUUAACACGUCAUUUUAUGCAUUUCUUUUUUUUUUAUAUAUAUAAAAAAAUACACAUACACACACACACACACACACACACACACACAGAUUUCACUUUAUUUUAGCCAGGAAGGGGUGGGCCAGUAAAUGGAGAUGGUGGAAAAGUCCAAACACUGGGUUUUAACGUUAUUUAUUAAUAAAAAGAAAUACAAUGCA